UAACGUGGAAGAUUACAUGUUUUGUUCUGUGUGUACGGACCACAACAAGGUUAAUGGUAUGUCGAAAUUAGCCAAAUGUCAAAACUUUCAGCACUCAACUCUUUCAAGACAUGUCAGUUUGUCAGAACAUAAGAUGUGCAUUGAAGCCCCAUUACAUAGAGAAAACAUGGCUCAGUGUCAACUUAAAAAUGAAUCAAGGGAAGAUAAAGCCAUGAAGGUGUUCCUUUAAUGCAUCCACUGGAUCUCAUCAGAGAAUUUACCAUUAUCAAAAUUCAAGUCUCUGAUAAAUCUGCUGCAUGACCUUGAAGUUCCUGAUAUAUCAAUACUGAAGCAAAAUUCAAUGAAUAAUGACUCUGAAUUCACGGCUAGUGAAAUGUAAGACAGCCUUGCACAGGUCGCCGAGGAUGAUUUGAAUGAUAAAUUGUCAAAGUCACCGGUUGUAACUGUACUUUUGGAUGAAAGCACCGAUAUUUCAACACCAAGAGACUAGUAAUUUAGGCACAAGUAAUAAGCCAGGAUAUGCAGCCAUUGACCCUGUAUGUUAACAACAUGGAAUGCAACGAUGCUUCAGGAAAAGGAAUAGCUGCAGCACUCUUGGAAGAGUUCGCUCACAGAGGAGUUCUGGCAGAGAAAAGAAUGUCAAUGGGGUCAGAUGGCGCCUUGAUUAUGACCGGAAAGCACAAUGGAGUGGCUGCUAUAAUACAGCAUGAAAAUCCCCACAUGGUUAAUGUGCACUGUGUUGCCCAUAGGCUUGCUCUAUGUACCUCUCAAGCUGCUGCUAAAAUUCCAUAUAUGCAGAAACACCAACAGAUACUGACAUAUCUAUUCUACUAUUUCAAGGGAAGCAGUAAGCGUGAAAUGAGACUUAAACAUAUUCAGGACAUUUUGGAUGACCCAUGCCUCACAAUCAAGGAAAUCCAUUCAGUAAGAGGGUUGUCAUAUUUCAACGCUCUCACAACUGUGUUCCGAACCCUGGAUAGUGUCCUCACCUACCUUGCUGAGCUCCAUUCAACAGGCAAAGAUCCCAUAGCUAGUGGUUUGAAGAAAAAGGUCAAGUUAGAUCUCUGUGUAGCCGACCUGAUGAAAGUGAAAGCCAUGAAAUCUCCCCACUGUAAACUGCUCCAGGAACAUCUUCAACCCUCGAAAUUUAAGGGCCAGCAUGAUAUUACAUCCAUAAACUUCAACUUAAAGAAUCUGACAGCAACAUUUAUUGAUGCUCUCAUUGACAACAUUCUGACAAGGUUUCCUUAAACUGAUCUCCUCACAGCUUUCAGUGAUUGGGGAAUGUGGCCAAUAACACUUCUGUCAAACCAGGUACUGGAGGAAUAUGGUGAAAGAGAAAUUGAAAAACUUUGUAAAUAUUAUGGACAUACCCAAACUGUAAAUUGGAAGGAUGAUGACAAGGAAGUCUAUGAGAAGUCUUCUGGGCCAAUAGUGAAUGAAGAUCAAACAAAACAAGAAUGGCAACUUUUAAAGCAAGUUGUAAAAGCAGAGCAGUACCCAAGAGACAGUUUGUGGAAAUUGUGGAACAUGAUUUCUAUGUACCAUACACCUGAGUUUCCAAACAUGCUAGUUCUGGCUAGGCUUGCCCUGACAUCUGCUGUUCAUACUGCAGGAUGUGAGAGGAGGUUUUCUGUACAGAAUAAGGUCUUGACCGAAUUCAGGAACUGGUUGACUGUCAGGAAACAAGACAAACUCAUGAGAGUGAAGUUAUGCAAUUUUUCCCGAAAUGAAUUUGUGGAAAAGCUCUCCCGGUUUGGAGAAAAAACAAGGCAAGAAGGCUAUACACCUUAGAUACAGUAUGAUACAGUUAACUGUUCCUGAAUUUGGUCAAGACCUUACUGUAUGAGUGUUGUUACACUAAAUCUCGUUAUCUGUAUUGAAGGUGUACUCUAGUCAGAAAGUGUUAAAGAUGAGUCAGAAAGUGUUAAAGAUGUUAAAAGUUCUCUGUUUAAGAUGUUAUAUGUUUCAUCGUUUGAUAUUACAAGUAAAACAAAUAAAGAUUUUACUUGCUAUGUCCUAUUUCUGUUUUUAGCUGUAAAUUGCAUAAAGAGCCCCUGGCUAAGGUGUAUCAUGUGAAGUAUAUUAUUUGUAACGAAUUUACAAAGACACAAUCUGGGACCCAUUGUUUUCAGUUUGGACUCAUUGUUUCAAAACAUGCGAGUCCCAGGGACUCAUUGAUUUCAAAAUGAAUCACUGGGAUGGUCAAUCAAUUAUUAUGUAAUCAUUAAACAUAAUAUGGCACGCGCGAAGAGGCACUAGUGUGUUGUUAUAGCAACCAAUAUUAAGCAACUGCUUUGUCACGGUCAAUUAGCAAUCUGUGUGUAGGGUAAAGUGGGUAAUGGUUAGAUAAACAACAAACAAUAACCUUGCUAAGCACCUGCAAGCGGAAGCAAGCCUUAGCAACAAAAAUUGGGCUGCUUGAUUUUUGCUUUUCCGGUCUUGCUUACUAAAAAAAUCAGGAGACUUGCUUUUCUUGGCUUGUAGGGUGAAAUCACGGGUGUUAGAGCAAAACUAUCGCUUUAGUCGCCCCUAGGGUUGUCUCUGUAUUACCAAUAUACAUUUCCCGAGUUAGGCAAAUGUAAUGGUCCAGUGACUUUGCACAUUUACCUGACAGGUUUUAUGACCGUUAUCAGGUUGUAAAAUACAUUUUUGAGGUGUUACCAAAUAAAUUAUCAAUGUAAAUAAAUUAAGUUUUCUGAUAAAAUGUGUCCGAUUAUUUAGAAUAAUUAGUUAUUGGGACAAAUUUGUUGCCUGAAAGUCACUUUUCUGCCAUGGUAGAUUUAAGCAACAUCCACAAAACUAGCAAACUUACAUACAUGUAAAGUCACACACAAAAACGCACACACAUUAGACUAUUUAUAUAAAACAAAUGAAUGUGUUUUUCAUGCACUUCUCUGUCAUGGCAGGUAAUCAAGAAAUACACUCUUGUAACUAACAAACUUAUUCCAAAUUACAAAUAGUAAUAUCUGACGCCAACAUAUUCAUUUGACUGAUUCAAAUGUCAUCAUGGCCGUCUUAAUGACUUUGCAUACAUUAUGGUUGUCUGAUUAAGCUCGUUUAACUUGAAGUGAUUAUUUAAUCCCACCAAACUAUCAUGCUACAUGUCUUAAAUAAAUCUGUGAACAGAAAACAAAAGCAUGACAGGCUAUUUAAAGUUAGACAAAUCACAUGUUUCAAAAUGUUAGUAUGGUAAAACAAAUGUUUUUCUUAUACAAUAUGUCUCAUUAAUAUACAUGUGUAUAUAUUUAAUACAAUCAAAGCAUGCCAGCAAAAAAUGCUGUAUCACAACUAAAAUGUUUUCAAAAGAUGAAGGCCUCUGUGUUAAUGAAAUUAAACAAGCAAAUAUGAAAGCCAAUAACAAUUUAUAAUUAAAGCAAGCAAAUAAGUUUGUGAACAACUACUGUGAAACCAUUAUUAUUCGUCAGACAUUAAUUUUCGUCUUUUUCGUCCUUCGACUGAUGGCGAAUUCAAGAUCCUAACGAACAAUCAUGUCCCAAAUAACAAAUAAGACUGAAUUACCGUAGGCAUGAGGCAUUUAAAUCCAGCCUAAUCCACACAUAUACACAGGGCUCGAUAUUAACACUUGCACACUCGCAAAAUGCAAGAAAAGAUUGCAAGGUAAGUUAUAAGCCACUAGUAUUUUUUGCAAGUUAAGAAAUAGUGAAAAAAAAAGAGUUGUAUUGCUAAAUGCGUUCGACGGCGUGAACGCUAAACCGUUUUGAACGUCCGAAUACCCAUGUGCAGAAUAGCGCACCUUGUUUGUAGACUGGUAUACUUAUAGUACAGAUACCCGGAUGGUAUUGAUACAAAGAACAUGAAAUAGUCGACUAUUCACACUCAAGUUAAAUCCGGUUUUGGCACAAAGUGGUGUACAAUAUACAGUGUACUGACAACUGACAUUUCCUGUAAAACGCGAAUGCAAUAAGGCUGUAUCAAAUGCGUCAACUUCGUUUAGGUAUAAUAGUGUUGAUUAGCGCUAAUUGUUAACAACUUUAUUACCCAUUGUGUGUAUUGUGUUUUUCAGGGGUGUUGCAGAUUAUACAGCCAACACGCGGCGAAUCCGGAUUAAAGACAAUACUAUUAAACGCAAUUAAAAUAUGACGAUGUGUGAUCAACACCUGACUGAAAUAUAUUCUGCGCUUUUAUUACAAAUUAAUAAAGAACAUAUUGAUUUGUGUUUGGUUGUCCGUGAUUGUAAUGGAAAAAGACUAAAUGGCAAUUGGCUUCGUUGUUUAAAACACUCGUUAACGGUUAUUCAGUCCCACUUAUCCGCUAAUCAUAACAAAGAACAUGUCAUUGACAUAAAAUAAUAAGGGACAGUUACUAUCACCUGAAAUAACAGACUUGUUAAUUGGCAUAUGCCAAACAAGGCCCACCUCCUGAAAGUGACUACCAAGUGUCACCCCUCUUUCCCCAGCACGAUUUUUUUCGCAACCGCGUAUUACAUGUAUUACAAACAUUACAAACAAAUCGGACGCUUUUUUUUCAAAACCAGAAAUGGAUGAAUUUAAGUGCUGAGGAAAUAGUCAUUUUUUUUAAAAAGGACGAAUGUUCCUGCUGACGAAAAUAAAUGGUUUAACAGUAAUUCAUUUUAAAGUUUUUUUGUAACAAAAAAAAAUUAUAUUCUCUUUAAGUUAACGUUACAAUAACUAUAAACAUAUCUGUUUAAAAACAUAAAACGUUUUUUUUUUUAAACAAAAAUCAAUCAAGAUUAUAAUACAUCACACUUACCAAAUGUUUCAUUUACAAAAUAAUUGUACUUACAGUAUUAUGAACACUACAUAUCAGGCGACCUGUAUUUGAUUUAUUAAAAUAAAACAAAAAUCAAUGCACACUUAUUAAAAUACAACUACUCCUCGCUCACUUUACAAAAAAUAAAUUUGGGUGAGUUGUCUUAGGGUUAGGGCAAGUUGUCUAAUAGAUCUGGGGAGAGUUUACCAUAUUUUUUAGGCGAGUAUAAAUCUUGGGGCUAGUUGGCUUUGAGACGAGUGCAGAAUUGAGGGGCUCUUUUUG